AUGUCUGGCCUUCGGCAAAGAAAGUCUGUCAUCAAUGUCGAAGAGGCGCCUCAGAGGCCCGUGUUUAAAAGGGUUGCAGCAGUUGAUCUCUUUCCAAAGCCCAAAGAAGAUUUCCGUCGAGCUCAGACACGUCGCGGUGCAAUAGUGAGCCUUGUUACGGUAGUUAUAAUAGGGUUGCUUGUUUUCUGGGAGCUGGGCGCGUACAUUACAGGUCGAGAUGCAUAUAAGACGGAGUUGAGUGUUGACACCAGUCUGUCGAAAGAAAUAUACUUCAAUAUGGAUAUCACUUUUCCCCGCGUUCCCUGUCACGAGCUUUCGCUUGAUGUAUUGGAUGUCACAGGGACAUUCAAAUUUAAUGUUACACACUACAUCUACAAGACACCAGUUAACUUGAAUGGUGAAAGCGCUUUUAUUGGACACCGCAACAUUGUUGAGGAUCAUAGCAGUCCUCAGUAUGAUGCCAAGAAGGAUCCUGAUUCGCCAGAGUUUUGUGGGAGCUGCUUUUUGGGGAAGGAAAAUGAGCAUAUUGCAAAGAGCCAGAAUGCUUGUUGCAACACAUGUGAAGAUGUGAUGAAGAUGCACGACCAGCACGGUCUGCCAAGGCCGGAGAAAAGUGUAGUGGAACAGUGCAUCCAUGAUCUGUCUCUCGUCACUCCAGGAUGCAAUUACAGGGGGUCUUUCAAAGUGAAGAAGGUGAGCGGAACGAUCCUAUUUACACCAAAGAGAGUGGGGAAUGCUUUUAUGAUGCGCGACGUUAUGCGCUUCGAUUCAAGUCAUAUUAUAAAUAAGCUUUCCAUUGGUGAUGAACGUGUUGCUCGGUUUUCGCGGAGAGGUGUUCAUUACCCACUGAAUGGCCACCAAUUUGACACUGGGAGACGCUUUUCGGAAAUUAAGUACUAUUUGAAGGUGGUUCCAACGACUUACUUGGAUGCCAAAAGAGACACUUUUUUAGACUCCACCUAUGAGUAUAGUGUGCAGUGGAAUCAUCGCCAUAUUCCACUAGGCUUCAGAGUCCUUCCGUCAGUAGCGUUUUCUUUCGACUUUUACCCGAUCCAGGUAAACAACUAUUUUCAGCGACCAUCAAUUCACCAUUUUUUGGUACAGCUCUGCGGUAUAGUCGGUGGUAUCUUUGUCGUUCUUGGGCUGAUCGAUAGUCUUGUUAUGUGGAUUGGACGCUGCUUUUGA